AUGAAUUAAUAAAAGAGUUUAUAACUUUCAUUUGAUUUAUCGUCCAAUACCAAAGAUAGCUAGUUCAUGAAAUACGAAACGGCAAUAAGCAUCAGCGAGUUUGUCAAAUCUUUUCCUUAAAGAAAAUUAGGAAAAGAAUUCGAUUAUUUAUGCUAAAUAACUGAGACAAAGGAACAUGAGAAAUAAUUCUUUUAGGAUGAAAAGAUUCAGCAUUUAAAUCGAUAUAUAGAUAUAUUACCGUGUAAAUCAUCAAUUAGAUUAUUAAGAUAAACACACUAUUGUAACAUCGAACAUAAAUGAGAAGUUUUACAUUAAUGCAAAUUAUAUUAAAGGAAUAGAUAAUGUUGAAAUGAAAUAUAUUGCCACUUAAGGUCCAGUCCCUGAAAGUGUGAAUAAUUUUUGGCAUAUGAUUUGGACAAACGAGGUUGGAGUGAUAAUUAUGCUUUGUAAAUUAGAAGAUCAUAAUUUUGUAAAAUUUAUUGGCAAUUUAGAGACAAUGUGAGAAAUACUGGCCAGAUAUAUCAGAUAAUUACGGACCUUAUUAAGUAAAGCUACAAAAAAAAGAAGAUUUAAAAGGAGGACUGACGUUAAAUGAAUUCAUAAUCAAAUUUGAAGAAUAAGAAAAAUUAAUACAUCAUUAUCAAUGGAAUGGGUGGCCUGAUUUUGGAGUAGUUGAUAAAGACUCCUUUUUUGUCAUUGAUUUAUUAGCAAAUAUAGCUAAUAAAUCCAUCUAGGAAAAUAAGAAGACUGUGGUACAUUGUAGUGCUGGAAUUGGUCGCACUGGAACUUUGCUGUCUAUUUGUUAUAUUAAAUAAUUGUUAAAUUAGAAAGAUUAAAAGAUAUCGAUUUUUAGCAUAGUUAGAAGAUUACGCGAAUAAAGAGCCUAUAUGGUUUAGACUGAAGAGCAAUACGAAAUGGUUUAUCGUUUUACAUUGUGGUUAAUAUAGAAUUUGAAAUAUAAUUGA